AUGGCCGAUGAGGAUGACUUGGACUUGUUUGGAGCCUUUGAUAACGUCACUACAACGCUCACUACCGAGGAACAAGGUGCAAUAUCAUCUAGUUCUACAAAACGUAAAGAAGCUCCUGUAUUUGCUGUAAAUGACGAGAAAACGGCGUCUCCACCAGCCAAGAAACAACAACAUGAAGGUCGUCCAGUCUCCACGACACUUCAAGUCAUUGAAGGCAAACGCAUUGAUGCAACACCAGUAGAUGGUGACACGCAUUCUGUUAAUGGUGUUGUGUCUACUGGUACGCAAGAGAAAAAUCUCAUUUCCUUUUCAGUUUAUCCUUCAGACUAUGAGACAAAAGUUACAGCUGGAGCUGCUGCAAAAAACCCUGCGAAAACGUACCCAUUUACUCUAGAUCCAUUCCAGCAACAAGCUAUUGACUAUAUUGAAGCUGGUGAUUCGGUCCUGGUAUCUGCCCAUACAUCAGCAGGCAAAACAGCUGUCGCGGAAUACGCUAUUGCAAAAUCUCUACGAGACAAGCAACGUGUUAUUUACACGUCACCUAUUAAAGCUUUGAGUAAUCAAAAGUACCGUGACUUGGAAGAAGAGUUUGGUGAUGUGGGUCUAAUGACAGGAGACAUUACAAUCAACCCGUCAGCUACAUGUCUAAUUAUGACUACGGAAAUUCUCCGUAGUAUGUUGUACCGGGGUUCGGAAGUAAUGCGUGAAGUGGCGUGGGUUAUUUACGAUGAAAUUCACUACAUGCGAGAUAAGGAACGUGGUGUUGUGUGGGAAGAAAGCAUUAUUCUGUUGCCACACAAGGUACGAUUUGUGUUCCUAUCAGCCACGAUCCCAAAUUCCAAGGAGUUUGCUGGAUGGAUCUGCCAUAUUCACCACCAACCGUGCCACGUUGUGUAUACGGACUAUCGUCCGACACCUUUACAGCACUAUCUGUUCCCCGCGGGAGGUAAUGGACUGCAUUUGGUAGUAGACGAGAAGGGAAAGUUUCGUGAAGAUAAUUUUCAAAAGGCGAUUGCGACAUUGUCAGCGUCGACGGAUGAUACGGCGUCGGAACUAGCGUCGUAUGGUAGCAACACUAAGCGACGCAAAACGCAGAAGACCAACCCAGCAAAAAAAGUAGGCUCGGAUGUGUUUCGGAUUGUGAAGCUCAUCAUGGAGCGCCAGUACGAUCCAGUGAUCGUUUUCUCUUUCAGCAAGCGUGAUUGCGAGUCGUAUGCAUUGAUGGUGUCUAAGCUUGACUUUAAUACCGAAGAGGAGAAGCAGUCUGUGGACCAACUUUUUAAGAACGCGAUGGACUCGCUAUCGGACGAUGAUCGCGCAUUACCCCAAGUAGACUCGAUAUUGCCGCUACUUCGUCGUGGCAUUGGUAUUCACCACGGUGGUCUGCUGCCUAUUUUAAAGGAAGUGAUCGAAAUCCUCUUUGGUGAAGGUCUUUUAAAAUGUCUUUUUGCCACAGAGACUUUCUCUAUGGGUCUGAACAUGCCUGCCAAAACUGUGGUAUUCACUGACUGCCGUAAAUUUGAUGGCAAGGGUUUUCGGUGGAUUACUGCAGGCGAAUACAUUCAAAUGUCCGGGCGUGCUGGUCGUCGUUCGCUUGAUGCACGUGGCAUCGUUAUUCAGAUGUUAAGCAAAGAGAUGGAGCCGCAGGUUGCAAAGGACAUUUUGUACGGCCAAGCUGACCCUCUUUUCAGCACGUUUCAUCUUGGUUACAACAUGUUGUUAAAUUUGAUGCGUGUGGAAGAUGCCGACCCGGAGUACAUGAUCAAACAGUCGUUUCACCAGUUCCAAAACGAGCAGGCUGCUCCAGCGCUGGAGGAAGCACUUGAGCGUGCUAGAGAAGAGAAAGACCAGAUUGUGAUCAAAAACGAGGAGGAAGUGGCGCAGUACUACUACUUGUCCAGGUCUCUUGUGCGUCUUAAAGAGGAAUUUCUGGCUAUACACAGCGAUGAUGGCAUGGCGAAACCCAAGUGGGAUUGGGGUGUCAUUGUGAAUUUUACGACCAAGAAUGCCAGUGAUUCGACUUCGGCGGCGCCUGACACGAUCGUACACGUGCUGCUGAACUGCGUGGCAAAUAAUGUUACAACGAAGGUAAAUGACGCCACCAGCAGCAAUUCUGAGGCGGAACUGCCGACACCGGCGCCGGAAGGUAUGAUGGGUCUGUCGUGUUGCGGCUACGAAAUGAAGAUUUGUCCCGUGCCACUAGAGAUGCUAGAUCUGAUUUCUUCGCUGCGUGUGUACAUCCCGAAAGACCUACGUACAAUAGAUAGCCGACAGGCAGUAGGAAAGUCGGUGAGGGAAGUGUUGCGGCGAUUUCCUCAAGGUGUGCCGCUGCUGGACCCGCGUGAAGAUAUGGAUAUUCAGGAUGAGCAAUUUUUGCGUGUGAUUGAGAAAACGCUCGAAGUUGAGAAGCAGCUCAAGAGCUCGGUAUUCCAUAAUGCAGCCGACAAAGAGGCGCGAUUUGCGCUAUACAACCUAAAGAUGGAGAGUGAGGCAAAGAUGCGAGAGCUAGAGCGCAAGAUCAAGGAGUCCAAGUCACUUGUGCUGCGUGAUGAUCUUCGUCGUCGCCGGAGAGUUCUGCGACGACUAGAGUUCGUGGACAAGGAGGGUGUGAUACAGCAAAAGGGCCGUACAGCGUGUGAGGUCUCAACGACGGACGAGUUGCUGGUGACUGAGAUGAUCUUUAACGGUCAGUUCAACGAUCUAUCAGUUAGUGACACAGUUGCGCUGUUGAGCUGCUUGAUCAAUACGGAGAAAAGGAAGGACAGCGAUAAGCCGCCGCAAGCCGAGAACUUAGAGAUCCCCGUCCGCCAGCUGCGUGAGACGGCCCAGCGCAUCGCAAAGGUGAUGCAGGAUGCCAAAAUCACCAUUGAUGUAGACGAGUAUGCAGGCGCCUUCAACACGAGCCUCGUAGAUGUGGUUAUUGCCUGGUGCCAGGGUGCUAAAUUUUCGCAGAUUUGCAAGAUGUCGGACGCGUUCGAGGGCACAAUCAUCCGUUGCUUGCGUCGUUUAGAGGAGUUGCUGCGCCAGCUUACGCUGGCUGCGCACUCGAUCGGUGACGUCGAGCUUGAGAAGAAAUUUGACGAAGGAGGCAAAAAGCUCAAGCGUGACAUUGUCUUCGCCGCCUCCCUGUACCUCUAG